UACCCGUGUUAAAGAGUUCAGCAGUAGUGGUGAUGAUGAUGAGCGCAGCUCCACAGAUGCACCGACAUAUCGGACAUAUAACGAUCGAAGAGUGGGGGUGGUGAGGGAUGGUGAACGCGCGCUGACUCUCUGCAGGGCCCACUUGUUCACCACUGCGUUGGCUUGCCUUGCCACUCGCGAGCGCGUUGCCGAAGCGACAGCGUCGGGUACAUCCUUCUUCGGCCGCGCUCACGAUUUUGUGUUUACUUUACAAUUCGAGGAAUUCGCCGGGAACUGUCAUAGUACCUUGGGAGAAAAAGGAUCAGUUCUUGAGUUUCCGAAUCGAAAAGUUUGAUAGAACGAUUAGUGUGAUCGCGAUUCUCUCGAUCAACAUCGACGUAAAAGUGCAUGUGACAAUCAUAUUUUUGUUGAAAGAACAUGUUCUGAAAGAACACCCUGUCGUGUCGGUUUUUUUUCUUCUUUCUUAUCAGUGAUUGAGUAACGAAACCGAGAAUGACAACCGAGUCUUUGGCGCGCGAGGUCGACUCGCACAUCGUCACCAUCCUAUCCAGGCUGUCAGCCCUUCGGGAGAACAAUGCCGAGGUCACUGACAGAAAACCACCCAUGUCCAUCGAGGCUCGGAGUUUAGAACUGUGGCGAGCGGUGGCUGUCGAGUGCUUUGCUACUUUUCUCUUCAGCCUCGUGGUUGCCGGCGCAGCCGCUGCCUCUGCCGUAUCCGGAAGUGGUCUUUCCGUAUUAGCCACCGCCGUGGCUUCCGGUUUUGCCAUCGCCGCGAUUUCUCUCAUCUUCAGCCAUAUAAGUGGUGGACAUAUCAAUCCAGCAGUUUCGGUAUCGUUCGCUUUGUGCAGACGGAUUUCCCCACUUCGUGCAGUACUUUAUGUAGCAGCACAAUGCGGUGGCGGAAUAGCAGGGGCGGCGAUGCUUUAUGGUGUAACUACACCUUCGAAUACGCAAACCCUGACGUCCGGUCGACUAGGAGGUCCAAUCGAGAGGCUUUUAGUCGAGAUAGCACUGUCAGUGUUUAUCAUACUAGCUCAUUUUGCUGCGGAUUCAUCCAGAUUAUUGCCGCCUACGAUUUCUUCAAAGGCUUCCGCAGUUUUAGCCGCGGCCUACACAGCGGCCACUCUCGUUUCCAGUCCCUUCCUAAAUCCAGCGCGCGCACUAGGCCCGGCCUUCGUGAUGAAUCGCUGGGACAACCACUGGGUCUACUGGGUGGGUCCGCUUUCUGGAGGCGCCGUGGCGGCUCUGCUUCACGAGUACGUCCUGAGUCCCAGACGCGUGAAGGACUCGCGCGACAUGGACGACGGCGAUAAUUCGUCCAUGAGAUCCGACGAGGAUACGUACGACGACCUGGACAAACCGAACGGGCCCAAGUUCCCCGGUGCUUACGCGACUUAUCGUCCCGUAGCCGGCGCGUCGUCGUCGAUCUACAGCGCGCCUCCGUCCGCGUUGGAGCGAGUCGAGUCGAUCUACGGCGGGACCAAAUCGCUCUACUGCAAAUCGCCCCCGUUGACACGCGCCAAUCUGAAUCGCUCGCAGAGCGUCUACGCGAAAUCGACAUCGGGUCCGCGGGACGGCCUGAUGAUCCCGAAGCCGGGGCCACUGAUGCCGGCCCAAAGCUUGUACCCCAUCAGACUCGGUCAGAACGGAGGCUGUCAGAGCGGAGUUGGCAAUCGCGAGCAAACCCAACCGAUCCCCGGCGGUCCGCCGAGUCAGUCCUCGCAGAAUCACAACAGCACUAAUCAGAACAUGCAGAAUCAAUUGCAACAGUGCACGCAGAGCAUCUACGGGAUCCGCGGGAUCUCCACGAGUCUUAGCACGCGGGAGAACGGUAUCUACGGGGUGUCGACUGGUUCCAGCAUCUACGGUCGCGCCCCAGCGCCGCCGCCGAGUAGCCAGAAUUCGCAGCAGUCCGGUCAAAGCAGCGGUCAGUCCUCGAUACAGAAUCAUCCACCGCCACCGCCGCCGCCGCAGCAACAGCAACAGCAGCAGCAGCAGCAGCAGCAGCAGCAACAGCAGCAGCAGCAGCAGCAGCAGCAGCAACAACAACAACCGCAUCAGAACGGACCACUGUCGACUAACUCGGAUAACGUACCGAGUACCAGACGACCCGAGAGCAUGUACGGCCACGUUUCAAGACGCAGCGACGACUCUGCGUACGGAAGCUAUCAGAGCUGCACACGAGGAAAUUACGGAAAGAUGCCCGGACCGCCGCAAUAUCGUGAUCAGGGGAGACCGAGCCCGGCCGGGCCUCUUCAACAGAGUCAGAGCGCGCAGAAUAACUUCCAAAGAAACUCACCGAAUCCUCAGUAUUGACUGUAGAUCAAAAAACCGAUGGAUCCAGUCGAACGCGAUCAGCGAAUUACUUCGUUCUCAAUGAGAAAUAUAACUUUUUGUUAAUUAUUGAAAAAUUUUAGGCUCUUCGAUAAGAGCCUUCUCUAGAUCGUCCUGAUAUGUUAUAAAGUAUGCUAUUUGCAAUGACUGGUUCUACACGAAAGAAUUUUCUCUUAGAAUUUACCUUGAAAAUCAUGGUAAUCGUAGCA